UUUUAGAAUAUAAUAAAGUAAACAAAGAGAGAGAGUAUGUUAAUUUAGUGGAUAAUCUUCAGUUUCGUAGUAUUCUUUUGAGACUACAAGAACGUCUCAGUGAUAAUGAUCGAAAACGUUUACAUUUUUUCCUUGGUAAUGAUAUUCCACGACGAAUUCGUGGUGAUGCAACACUAAGUGGUACUCUAAGUCUAUUGGAAUCAUUAUUAGAUCAAGAAAAAAUCAACGAACAAGAUUUCACUUAUCUUGUCAAAGCAUUUGACGAAAUUCAAUGUAUUGAUGCAGCAAAUCUCUUACGAAAACAUAUGAAACAGCUCCAAUCGAAUGGUCAAAAUGAACUAGUUCAAAGUCCCGCAUCAAUCAUGCCGAUUACAAUAGAUUAA